GGAAAUUUGCUUCGGUUUGACUGUUUAUAUAAUUUGCUAGAAUUUUAGGAUAGAAUCUUCAAGAUGCUCACUUCUCUUGUGCGUCAGAGGUCACCCCAAUGUGUGAGGGCAAUUUCUACAACGCUAUCCGUCAACUCUGCUGAUCAAGUAGUGGACAGAGAAAGACGAGAAGCUUUGGAAAAGUUGUACCGAGUUGAGCAUGUGACUCCCGACAAGAAAGGAUACAAUCUGCUCACUACUGCCAGUCUAAAUAAGGGAAUGGCAUUUUCGAUGAAAGAAAGGCAAUAUCUUGGUAUUCAUGGCCUUCUCCCGCCUGCAUUUAUGAGUCAAGAACAACAAGCAUAUCGAGUCAUGAAACGCAUCAGAGAUGAGCAUGACGACUUCCAAAAAUACCUCAUAUUGGACUCGCUGCAGUCUCGUACGGAAAAGCUUUUCUAUCGAGUACUAUGCGAGAAUCCCAAGGAGCUGAUGCCAAUUGUUUACACUCCCACUGUUGGAAUGGCUUGCCAGAGGUUUGGAGAGAUGUACCGUCAUCCAAAGGGUCUCUACAUCACGAUCAACGAUAACAGCAUUAGUGCAAUUUACAAGAUCUUGAGCAAUUGGCCAGAAAAGAAUAUCCAGGCUAUCGUGGUAACUGACGGAGAGAGAAUUCUCGGUUUGGGUGAUCUAGGAGCCUACGGAAUUGGAAUACCCGUCGGGAAAAUGGCACUCUAUUGUGCAUUGGGUGGAGUUCAACCGCAACAAUGUUUACCCGUAGUUCUCGAUGUUGGCACCAAUAACCAGAAACUGCUCGAUGACCCGUUCUACAUCGGCUUGCGACGUAAUCGCGUACGAGGUCCACUGUAUGAGGAGCUAGUCGACAAUUUCAUGAAAGCAGUCACAAAACGCUUUGGUCGUGACACUCUCAUCCAAUUUGAAGAUUUCGCCUUUGCCAAUGCGUUUGCCUUGCUCGACAAGUACAAGGAUGAGUAUUGCACAUUCAAUGACGACAUACAAGGAACAGCUGCAGUUGCUGUGGCUGGCUUGCUGGCUACAACUCGCGUGACAAAGAAGAAACUCUCCGAGCAGAAAAUCCUCUUCCUUGGAGCAGGAUCAGCCACGCUGGGAAUAUCGGAACUGAUCGUAGCCCAAAUGGUCGAAGAAGGCCUUACAAGGGAAGAAGCACAAGCGCGCAUCUUCCUCAUCAAUAGCAAAGGAUUAGUCACAAAAGAAAAAGCUGUAAAUCUGACUGCACGUGCUAAACAGUAUGCAAAGGAACUACCGCAUACAGCCAACCUUCUCGAGAUAGUGAAAAUGAUUAAGCCAAAUGCUUUAUUAGGUCUGUCUACCGUUAGAGGUGCAUUUACUCCCGAAGUUAUUCAAGAAAUGGCUAAAAAUAAUCCACGCCCAAUUAUCUUUGCCCUUUCGAAUCCGACAGCCAAAGCUGAAUGCACGGCUGAGGAUGCAUAUAAGUACACAAAUGGUCAAGUACUUUUCGCGUCAGGAUCUCCAUUCGAUAACGUUGAGAUGUUUGGUAAAUUAUUCAAACCCGGGCAGGGUAACAACGCCUACAUCUUCCCUGGAGUAGCUCUGGGAGCCAUACUAUUUAAGGCUAAGCGUAUACCCAAUCAUGUGUUCUUGAUUGCAGCUAGGCGUUGUGCUGCUUCUGUCACGGAGAAGUCUCUGAACGUCUACUCAAGAUUGUAUCCCCGAUUGAAAAAUGCUCGUGAUCUAUCUGCUGAUAUAGCUUUGGAUGUCGGUAAUUACCUCUACGAGCAGAAUUUAGCAUCAUUGCAUCCAAAGCCCGAAGACAUGGAAAUGUACAUCCAAUCGCAAAUAUAUUCCUAUGAAUACGAUCCUGUAGUAGCCGAGCUUGGCGAAGCAUUUGAGUGGCCCGACAGAGAUACCCGCCAAGGCUAUCCUGUGCCGAAGAUGACCCGCACAUCGAUGGACGAUGAAUAAAGAACAGAGUUUAGAUUUCCUAGAGAGCUUUCAAUAAUAUUGAAUCGAUAAGUAUAGUCAUUGCAUGCAAUUGUUGCUAAUAAUCGUUUCGUUUGUUUAUAUGUAAAUUCAGUCAAACUGCAAAGGUUAAUGAACGUUUUUCUAUA